AUGACCAAUCUUACUCUGAGUAAUGAGUAUUAUGAGUUAUUCAAGAAAAAGAACGAAGAAAAUCUCCAGGAGGUUGUGAUCAUAGGCAAUCUUUUCAUGAACAAUGCACAAGGGUUGACGGAUAUUGAGGCUUCUGUGGAUAAACCCACCAUUGAUUCUCAAGGGCUGAAGGACAAAGAAACUCUCAAGGAGGCUAUGAUGGAUAAUCUUACGAUGAAUACCGAGCAACAAUCGACGAAUGAGAGUAUUGUACAUCAACCCCUUGUUGAUUCUAUUGAGUUAUUCGGGAAAAAAGAUAGGAUUGAUGAAAGCACAGAAUUCUGUGGAGAAAGUUAUUCGGGAAAAAAGAUGGGGUUGAUGAAAGCACAGAAUUCUGUGGAGAAAGGUAAACAAAUCUCGAGUUCUCUUGAUGUAUGCAAAGAAGAGAAGGUUCGGUAUCACAAUAUACCAAGGAAACCAAGGACCAAGAGAGUAGAGAUGCCUACUUCUAUGGAUUGCCCUGAAGAGUCUGAGAAGAGGAAGUUUUUUGAAGGUGAAAGUUCUGAAAAAAAGUUGAAAAGUCAAAGAGAGUAG